UGACAACUACAACUUCAAGUUGGACCUCAUCUCGCUCUUGCCAACGUCUUCGCUUCAACUCUUCCACAGGCCCUUCGCUCGUUCUGGCUCAUUCUGGCUUGUGGUUCAUCAUCGCCGCUUGAGGAUACUGCGGCAAAGAAAGCCUGAUGUCUCUCAAACGAAAGGCCCUUGGAGAUGGCAGUGCACGAUCGUCGAAGCGCUCUACCCCUGCUCCGUCAACUCCUAUGAGCAUCACCAGCGAUGAUGACUACGAGGGAUCAGACGCCCGUUCGCAAGCUGGCAGCGACAGCGAGAAAGAGCACAUUCGUAAGGCGAGAGCGAAGCUGGAUUUCAGCUCCUUUCAAGGGACCAAGCACAGACAACAGACCUCCUCCAUAUUUGGCGAUAAAGACUUCUCCUGGCUGUCCCUGAAACCCGACCACGAGAAUCGACCAUUAUGGAUAGAUCCCAACGUCUCGAUUGGGUCGAAGAAAGGACCCAAGAUCAUUCUUGAGAGUUUCUCUCCGUUGGCGGCGCAAGCCACGGACCUGCUUACCACGAUCGCAGAACCACAAUCCCGACCCACGUAUCUCCACGAAUACAGGUUCACCGAGCAUAGUCUGUAUGCCGCCUUAUCGGUAGGUCUACGUGGUGAAGACAUAAUCCGUGCUUUAGAAAAGCUUUCGAAGACUCCUGUCCCUCAGACCGUGAUCGAUUUCAUCAACAGACACACAAAGACCUACGGCAAGGUCCGGCUGGUUUUGAGAAAUAACAAGUUCUACGUGGAAUCGGAUGAACGCGAAAUCAUAGACAUGCUGUUAAGGGAUCCUAUCAUCGGGCCGUGCAAGGCAGCCGGCACCGACGUCCAGGUUGGAAGGAUUCAGACAAAAGCAACGGUGAUUCAGGGUACCAGUAAUGCAAAGGGAAUGAAACAGGCCGACCCAGGCAAUGCAGAAAUGCCCAGAGACGACCCCACAAAGGAGAACGAGGCGAUGAUGGCUGCUCUUCGGGAUGAGGAGGAUGAAGAUACCUAUCGGGAGGCGCCCAAUUUCGAAAUUGCCGCGAACAAGCGUGAUACUGUUGCGAAGCAGUGUUUGGAUAUUGGCUACCCUGCAAUCUCGGAAUAUGACUUUGCCGAUGACCAUGAGAAUCCCACGCUCCCGAUUGACUUAAGGCCUCAGACACAAAUUCGACCAUAUCAAGAAAAGGCACUUAGUAAAAUGUUCGGCAAUGGCCGUGGCAAGAGUGGCAUUAUCGUCUUACCCUGUGGCGCAGGCAAGACGCUUGUCGGUAUUACAGCUGGGUGCCAUAUCAAGAAGAGCAUCGUCGUUCUUUGCACCAGUGCAAUGUCUAGCUAUCAAUGGGCGAACGAGUUCAAGAAGUGGUCUGAUGUCAAAGAGGAAGACAUUGCUGUUUUCUCCGCCUCUGAAAAGCGGCGGUUCACGGGGGAUGCGGGAGUGCUGGUCACGACCUACUCCAUGAUCACAGCCGGGGGCAAACGUGCUUACGACACGCAACAGAUGAUGGACUGGGUAUAUAGGAAAGAAUGGGGAUUGAUGAUUCUCGAUGAGGUGCAUGUCGUUCCCGCCAAGAUGUUCCGAAAGGUCGGCGAGAACAUUCGUGCUCACUGUAAGCUGGGACUUACGGCGACGCUUCUACGAGAAGACGAUAAAAUCACUGAUCUGAAUUUCAUCAUCGGGCCAAAACUCUACGAGGCAAACUGGAUGGAGCUUGCCGACCAAGGUCAUAUUGCCAAGGUGCAGUGCGCAGAGGUCUGGUGCCCCAUGUCGAUGGAAUUCUACCAAGAAUACCAGAAGGAAACCACUCGUAAACAGGCGCUGUACUACAUUAUGAACCCGGUCAAGUAUCAGGUCUGCCAGUACCUCAUUGACUACCACGAGAAGCGUGGAGACAAAAUCAUCGUCUUCAGUGACAACUUGUUCGCGUUGCAACAUUAUGCCGUCACCAUGAAGAAGCCAUUCAUUUACGGCGACACCAGCAACCAGGAAAGAAUCAGCAUUCUCGAAAACUUCCAGCACAACGAGUUGAUCAACACCAUCUUCUUGUCCAAGAUUGGCGACACAUCGCUCGACUUACCCGAAGCCACUUGUCUCAUCCAGAUCUCGUCACAUUACGGAUCCCGACGACAGGAGGCGCAACGCCUGGGGAGAAUCCUACGAGCGAAGAGGCGUAACGAUGAGGGGUUCAACGCCUUCUUUUAUUCUCUUGUGUCCAAAGACACGACGGAGAUGGCAUACAGUGCCAAAAGACAGGCAUUUCUCGUCGACCAAGGCUAUGCGUUCAAGACCAUCACGCAUCUGGCCGGCAUGUCGGAGAUGCCUGGUCUCGCGUACACCACUGCCCGCGAGCGCAACGAAUUACUCGCCCAUGUCAUGCUCCAGCAGGAAACUGCCGCUGACGUCGAAAAGGUCGACGACAACAUGUGGAGCCAUUUGAGUGCCGGCAAUGGGCCGGCUGCAAAGGCAAAGGCCAAGAAGCUGCAGGUUCGCAGACAAGCUGUUCUCAUGGCUGAUGCGAGUGGUGGAGGUACCAUGGCUCCCAUGUACCGCGAGCAAGAACGCAAAUCAAAGAAGAGCCAGAUGCCCGAGAGCGAGUGGUUCCGAAAAGAGGCCCGGCGUCGCGAAUUGGCGGCCAAAAAGCGCAAGAAGGAGAGAAUGGAAGCGGAGAAAGCUGCUGGUGGUGGCGGUCACAACAACGCAUACUAGUAGUAUGCUGUUUCGAAUAUACUUUGAAUCACCACCACAUGCCGAGUGUAUCUCGUCCUCUGGGUCUUGCGGGUCUCAUCGGUGGUACGGGCCGGACUGAUCAUGAUGAAGUUACUAUCCAUGCAGUACGAGCAGUGGCUUCAAUAAACCAAAAAGGAUCUAUAAGAUACCUAGUGUCUAAGGUACUAUACUUUAGCAUUAUGCUCCAUGCUGCGCCAUGCCUCGCUUGCCUGCCUAUAAUUACAUUGUACCUCUAAUAAACUAGUAGGGGAGAAAAAAGCAACCCUGCAGCAGUGACCGAAACCCUCGAUUCUAAACAGUGAGAAUUGACUACUCCAUGCCAGUGCCCCAUACAGGCAAUUCCCUGGAUUGCAGUCCACCGUAUAAGUCGAACAUUGAUCCCCAGAAGAAAGAGACCCUCGACUUCCCGUCGACUUUAGGCCCCCUUACACUUCUCGUACCGAGCCUGGAGCCGGGCCGGUACCAGAGUUCAAGUUGUGACCAUGCCCGUGGCCGUGGCCGUGGCCGUUAUCCUGACCUUGAAAACUGGCACUUCUACCAGUGGCAGCGCCGCCAACGCGACUGACCAAGCCACCAAGAUUAAGUCCCUGGACGCCCUGCACAAGUCUGGAUCCGACGGCGUCGACAGCACCCUUGGGUUGAGACAGACUGGGGCCUUCUCGCUUGCCCUCGGUGGCAACCUGGAAGAGCUUGACAUGAGUCCCAUUCCACACACCGACGCGGGCAACCGUUCCUCCAGCACCAGUUAGAGUGGCUGCGGUGGACGAGGUAGGAGCGAUGUUCAUUUCGGCCGUGAAAAUCAAAGACCACAAUACUGACAUGUACCAUCCCAGAGAUAGCGGAGACCACUCAAACAGAUGAACCCUGAUAGGGCUGGGAGAGGACAAAAUGGCCGAGAUGGCGGGUUGUUUUGCAGUGGCGGGGAUUUGGGUUCGGAAGUCACUGAUGCCGCCAACAGGGUCACGGUCGUCAAGGGCUAGGGAGGAACGGCGUGAAGAUGGGUUCGAGGGGGAAUGGUUGCUGUUGUUGUCAUCACUAGGCUGGCCAUGGUGGCUGUUGCGAGCAGCAGAUCUUUCCGAAGCUGAAGCCAGCGGAUGCGACGAAAGAACUUUGAUCACAGUGAGGAGUGUGUGCAGAGGGAGUUCGGGGAGCCAGCUCUCCAGCCA